AUGGGGCGCCCCGGGCUGCUGGACCGCUCCUCUGCCCGCCCCCCGCUCAGCUACCGGGCACCUGUGCAGCGCGUGAGAAGGAACCUUAGGCGGGCCCGGGGAGGCGGGAAUGGGACCCCAGAGGCACCAAAGAGGCCGGCCUCUAAAAAAUCCACCGGAUCAGUCUGGAAAAAAUACCAUUACAAAAUGAAUGAUGAUGUUUUAAGCACCUUGGACAAACUGGUGCUACAGUUUGUUUUUAAGCUUGAACAAGAAUCUUACCGCAAAGAACAUGUGAGACAACAGAUACAGAUACAUACUGGAAAUGUUGUGGGGAAAAAAGGCAAAGUAUGUUGGCUGCAAGAAGAGAUUAACAAGAACGACGAAGUGAUUGUUGGCCUUCAACGCAACAAUAGCAGCAAGGAGAACUGUAAUGUUUGGAAGCCAACAUAUAUGAUUCUUAAUAAGCAUGAAGAUUAUUUGCAGAGGGAACUCCAGAAUGGCAUGGACGCAACAGAAAAAGACAAGAAAAUGUACCAGGAUUACAUGAAUCAGUAUGAAGAAACUUUCAAACAGCACCAGGCAAAAUAUUUAGGAAUGCCAGUUGUCCAGAAAAAUAUGGAAUUUAAAGAAAUACAAAACCGAGUUCUGAAACUGUCAGAACUAGUUAAACAGAAAGAAUCUGAAAUAAUGGAUCUUCAAGAACCUGGUCCAUUUCAGUCACUUUCUUAUUGGGCAUCUCAAAUUGCUUCUUUGAGGCAGAACACAAAAGAAACUCUUCAGCAUGCUGCAGUUCUCAGGCAGCAAUCACUUGAACUAGAAAAAACAGCAGAGGAGCUGGAGAAGAAAAUGAAUUCUUUCAGGCAGAAACUUGAAAGGAUUACAGAAGAUCAAAACCAUUCUGAAGUGGGACAAGAAAAAAGUGAGAAAAAUCAUGAAACAAGGAAGGAAUUUGAUCCAAGCUUGCUCAAAAUGGGUGUUCAGCCACAUUUGUUAAAUGAAGAAUGUCAGAAAUAUAAACCACUACACUUCCCUAUCAUUUCUCAGAAAUCAAUCUGGAGCAUACCAACUCUGAAGCCACUACAUCAACAGCCAGAGACAGAUGUUCAGGAGAAAGAAAAUUCUGCAAGGCUUUCAGCCGUGACCAGUAUUUAUUUCAGUCAUGUGGAAAAUGAAACACAGAAAUGUAAUGACACCACAGAAACUUACAAUGCAAAAGCAGCCCAGGUUACCUCAAUGACAAGCUUGCAAAAAGAAACACAAUUCAGCGCGAUGUUCCACGUCGUUGAUGGACAGACAGAAUGUAGUAUUAAGUCAGUUGGACAUAAUUCUGCUUCAGGAGAUGAACAUGCUGAAAACUUUCCAAGAACCCCUGAGCUUAAUCUGUCUGUGAAGACACCUGAGUCCAAUGAAGCUCCAUUUGAAUUACUUCAGACAGAAAAUGAAGGAUCAAGGUCAAAGUCGCCAGGUUUCUGUUUUCUUUCUAGCUUUAAUGCCAAGUCACCAGGAUUUAAUUUCUUUGAGUCUUCUGCAUUUGGAGCUGAACAGUCACCAGACCAUCAGAUAGGCAAAAACUAUUCUGCUGGAAAUCUAAACCCUGUUUCCCCACACGAAUCUAUUGGAGAUUUAUUUGGGAAAAUGGAAAGUGAGGAUUCAUUCGCCUUUUCUUUUCCAUCGUGUUCUUCCGUUCAAAUUUUUCAAGAUGGCAAAGACAACUUCAGUUUUCCCUUUGCUUUUGGAUCCCAGCCUGCUUCUCAAAAAGGAUUUCAGUCUUCCUCACAAAGUAAAAAGGCAUUUUCACUUUUUUAA